ACCACAUUAUGAUGUUGACCGGUGAAGCUGUCAUCCCACUGUUGAAACACCUAGAUCAAUCGAGCUAUUCACUGAGCGCAGAAUAACAUGGAGAACAGGCAGACUAUUAAGCGCAAUUAUCAGUGAUGUCAUCAGCCUGUGAUACAGCAGCGUCUGCAGGUGGUGGGGGAGGUUCAGUCAUGGAGAUGUCUAACUUCGCCCAUGUGAUCUUCCAGAAUGUGGGAAAGAGCUUCUUGCCCCAGGCAGCACUGGAGUGCCACUACACGCUCACACCUUUCAUCACCCCCCACCCUAAAGACUGGGUUGGCAUAUUUAAGGUGGGUUGGAGCAGUGCAAGAGACUACUACACAUUCCUGUGGUCACCCAUGCCUGAGAACUACACUGAAGGUUCCACUGUGCACAGAACUCUCGUCUUCCAAGGUUACUAUGUUCCACGCAGUGAUGGCGAGUUUUAUCAGUUCUGUUACGUCACACACACGGGUGAAAUCAGAGGGGCCAGCACCCCUUUCCAGUUCCGACCAGCCACGCCCACAGGGGAGGAGCUACUGACAGUGGAGGAGGAAGGGAAUUCAGAUAUACUAGUGGUUACAACCAAGACUGGGCUACUGGAGCAGCGUAUGGAGGAAGUUCAGCAAGAAUGCAGGGAACUACAAAAAGCAGUUCGACUCCUUACACAAGAGAGAGACCAACUCCGGGAGGAACAGAGACGACACAACCAGGAGCUACAGCAGAGGCUGCAGCAGGAGCAAGAUAAAGCUCAAGCUGGAGUGAUACAGCUGGAACAGGACCUACUGGAAGUCACCCAGAGAGCUGUGCUUAAAGAGACUGAGCUGGACUGUCUUAAAGACAGGUUGCAGAAAGUGACCCUGGAGAGAGAGAGUUUGGAAACUCAACUAAAAAAUGAGAGAGAUGAACGUGAACUCUACAAAUCUCAUAUGCGCAGUGCUGAGCUGGAGAACACUAAGCUGAGUGCCGAGCUGCAGAUGCUGAAGGCUGUGGAGCUGAAUCGAGAGGUCACUAUCUCUCAGUACCAGGAGGAGAUACACAGGCUGCGCACAGAGCGAAACAUGCAGCAUGGAGACUCAAAUGUGUUGGGGAAGUUGCAUGAAGUGAAGGAGCAGCUGAAGACCGCUCGCCAACAAGCAGCCAUUCUUGAUUCUGAUCUCCGUGCAGAGUCCGGUGGGCACGAGCUUACCAAGGCAGAGUUUCAGGGUGUCCGUGAAGAGGUCGAAACCCUGAGGGCUAGCUUAGCUGAUGCCCAGAAGCAGUGCAGUGACACCCAAAGCCAGCUACAAGUGCUGCAGAGCCAAAAAUCACUGGAAAUGGACAGGACGGGUGCACUCUCAGAGCUGGAAGCUGAGCUGCAGAAAGAGGUGGAUGAGCUGAAGCUGAGGCUGCAGAUGGCUGCUGAGCACUACAAGGAGAAAUACAGAGAGUGCCAACGCCUGCGCAGACAAGUCACCAAACUCAAACAGCAGCAAGAAACCCAGCAGGGGGAGUCCAGUCAGAAUGAUGCCUCUACAGAGACCAGUCAGGUGCCCAGUACACCGGAUGCAGAGUCACCUGAAAUGAAACCUGAGAUGCGGGAGUAUGCUGAGGGGGGUAUGAAAGGGGAAAUGCAGGAGGAAGCAAAAACAGAUGGGAGUGAGGAAGUGCAGGAGGAAGGAGUGGAGUCUAGCAUGUCAAUGGAGGUGGAGCUUGCCCAGAUGGAGGAGAGGUGGAGAGAGCAGUGCACCAUUAAUGACAACCUGAAACUACUGCUCGCCAAUGAGGAGCAACAGUUUAAAGCUCGGUUGGCUGAGAAGGAUCGAGAAGUGUCAUCUUUGAGAGAAAGUCUAGCUGAGGUGACCAAAGAGAAAGAGAAGCUGGAAGAGGAGCUGCGGACACUCGCAGUGAGAGAGGACGGGGCCGGUGGACAGAGAUCAGAGGUGAGGGAGCCUGUAGUGUUGCAGUAUCCUCUGCCGUACCCUCAGGACCCUCCCCCACUUCCACUGGUGCCCCAGCAACCUGCUGAGCUGCAGUAUGGAAACCCUUACAGUGAUCAGCACACACGUGAUAGUGCAGAUGGAGCGCUCUCUCCACAACCUAGUUGUCGUCCCCCUCCGGUGGCUCCGCCUCCUUGGUCAGGCACUGUAGUCUGCAGUCAGCCAUUACGCAGUCUUAGCCCUCCUGAUGGUCUAGAGAAUCCUGUCGAGGAGCGGCCCAAUAGAGGCGGUGAUGGUGAAGCCCCUGCAGUCUGUGAUCAUCCCAGUCCUGAAUCCAACGAGAGCCAGGCCUCCAGCUUUUGUUUUGAUACUAGGACUGAUGUUCAUAAGCGCUGUCCUCUGUGUGAAGUGAUUUUCCCACCGCACUUUGAGCAGCGCAGUUUCGAACAGCAUGUCGAGUCUCACUGGAGGGAGUGUCCCGUGUGCAACGAGCAGUUCCCACUGGAUUGCCAGCAGCAGCUGUAUGAGAAGCACGUGCUCACACACUUUGACGGUAACGUUCUCAACUUCAAUAACUUCGAUUAGAAAAAGGCGCCAGUGGGAGUCAUCAUGCUGCACCCUGCUUUAGUAUAAAGAAGCUUCGCCGAGAACGGAGGAGCCCACACGCUUUCUUCAGCACUUUUUGAUGGUCACUUUGCUGUGCGUUAAUGCCCGCAUGUUUUUAUCAUGCAACUGGGAGCAGAAUGUUUUAAGAUUUGCACAUAUACAGAGAUGUUAGUCCAACGUCCCGUCUUGUAAGGGCGCACUCAAAUGUUUGCUCAGUGCAGGUACCAAGCUUUCAAGUUCUUUUAGUUUAGCUUUAUUUAUUUAUGUAGAAGGCUUAUGAAACUGCUACUGGGUUGGUUGCACUGUAUGAUGCCAGCUAAUAGCUAUACAUUAUGUAUAAAUAUACAAUACAGAAAAAAAGAUUCUAUUGUGUUGUCACAUAGUGAACAAGCUCUGUAUUUAUGUUUUAUUGCUCCAGUGUCUGGUAUGAUGCAGGUUAAAUAAAAGGUGUGG